AUAUGGCCAGCAGGGGAACAAAAUGUUUUACUGUUCUAACAUAUGUUGAAAUGUGCUUUUUAGUCAGCUAAAGUUGUGCUUCAAGUGAAACCUAAAACCAUCCCAGACACAAACUUUACGCACAGGUAUUUUUCUAAUGAAAUGGGUGUUGCAGAGUGAACUCGUCCAGGGGCAGGUCCUGCAACAGUCUGGAGGCUGGUCUGGAGGUUUGUGUGGACAUUUUCUGGGAAAGCCUCCAAAAGCUCAGUCUUGCCAGGGAGAACCUUUUGGAGGAGCACAGUGCAGUUUGUUCCUGUGCACAGUCAGCAGCAGCAGCGUGCACAUUUCUUUGCAUUUUGUCGGAGGUUCCUCCUUCCUGAGCACCAGAUGAUCGUCUCAUUGUUGGACAUAAACAAUGCCUGAGGAUUAACUGGAUAAAUUAACUUAUUAGGGUGUAUUUUGGAGAUGUGACCAAAACUUUUCACGGAAAGACUUUCAUUCAUUUCCCCCCUCGAGGGCUGAGGAGUUAAUACAAAAGUUUUGGAUGUUUGUGUAACAGAUGAGCUUCUACUCCUCAUCUCCUGCUGGGAUUAUAUAUUUGUGAACGGAAGUGUUGCUGAGAUGAAGUUGUGGAUAUAACCAUUUACGCACAACAAACUCUCUCUCUCUCUCUUAUUCGCCUCGUGUGUGUGAGAUACAGAGUAGACAGUGAUUUCCUCAGCAGAAGACAUGCUCUGAAACACAACACUGUGCUAAAUCCCUGCACACCUGUAUGUCUUCAUCUGGAAUUAAUUGAUUAAAUGCCCUAAAAAAGACGCGCACAGCAGCAGGAUCUCUGCUCCACAUCUGGAUCCUCAUCUCUUCCUCCUCAGUGAGUGUUACUUUCUCUGACAUCUCGCCAGAAUGCGGAGGCAUAUUGUUCUCACUUUAGCUGUGAUAUAUCUGCUAACGUGGACAGGUGAAGCCGACAGACAGACUGCGCAAUUACGCACAAGACGUGUCCAGUUGCGCGCAACGGACAAGGACAAGGAGCGCCUCGGUGUGGGACGAAUGCGACCUGGGUAUGGCUCGGCCAUCUCGGUGCGAGGUAACAAGGAGGACGGUGUGCAGGCUGAUGAAGCUGCUCCAGUUUUCACCAGGACUAGGUCUGUGCAUGGCAGGAGAGCUGGAGGUCUGGUGCAAAGGAGAGGAGUGGCCGGGCAGGUUGGUUUGCACCGUCCGCCGAGCAUGCUGCAGGAUGAGGGCACUCCAGGAUCCAGAGCCAGAGUCACCAGGAUGCCCAACAGCGCCGGAUCACCCAACCUGCUGGCCAGUUUCGCAGGGAAGAACCGCGUCCUGGUGAUCUCUGCACCGCAUGAAUCAGACGGCUACUACCGGCUGAUGAUGUCUCUGCUGAAGACAGAUGUGUACUGCGAGCUUGCAGAGAGACAUGUCCACCAGGUUGUCAUGUUCCACCAGGAGGGAGAGAUGGGAGGCAAGGUGAGGAGGAUCAGCACGGAGGGGAAGGUGAUGGAGGAGCCGCUGGACACCGCGCUCAUCCCCAGACUCAUGAGCUUCCUCAAACUGGAGAAAGGUAAGUUUGGGAUGGUGCUGUUGAAGAAGACCCUGCAGGUGGAGGAGAGAUACCCGUACCCUGUGAGGCUAGAGGCCAUGUAUGAGGUGAUCGACCAGUCGCCCAUGAGGAAGGUGGAGAGGAGCAGACAGAAAGGCUUCGUCCAGAAGUGUAAAGCAGCAGGUGUGGAGGGCCAAGUGGAGGAGGGCACACUCACAGAAGCACCAGUAGGAAGAAAACCCGGGAAGAAGAUCCAGAGAAAGCCCACAACAACAACAACCACAGCUGCAACCACAACAACAACUACACGACCAACUACAACAACUGUAGCCACCACAACAACAACUACAACCCGGCCCACCACCACAACCAGAGCAGCAACAACCACCAAACCCACCACUACCACCACCACCACCACCAGAAGAACCACCACAAAACGACCCACCACCACCACCACUACCACCACCCAGAGACCAACCAGAGCCCACACCUCGGCCCCGUGGCUCCCGGACCCGAGAACCACUGCUGAUCCUUACUACUACAACCGCAGAGAGAGGGAGCGGUACCCGGCUAAAACCACCCCGGCUGGAGAUAACCGCACCGACAAGGACAGCAGAGAUCCACACAGCCGCAAGCUGGUACCCGCCACACACAAACCCUCCAGGAUCAAGCCCACAAGGAGGAAGAACGGGGGAGAGAAGGUGUUGACUAAUGAGUACGAGGACCGGUACGAACCGAGCAAGCCAACAGUCAGUGAACCGGAGGAAAGAGAAACCUUCACCGACAUCAGCCCCACCAAGAAGGUGAAGGGCAAGCACGAUAAGCACGACAAGAAGAAAAAGAAGAACGACAAGGCUGCCAAGAAGGCAGAGAGGAGAGGAGGAAAGGCCGGGAAGAUCGGAGGGAAGAAAAAUGGAAAGAAGCUGCCUAAGUACCCAGAAAGAGAGGAGUACCCGAAGCCCACUAAGAGGCCAACGCCCCCUCCAAAGGGAGCUCUGGCCUCCUUCCUGGACUACUUUGAGAACAGGAGGCGGCUGCUGCUGAUUACGUCGCCCGGUGAGGAGGACAACAUGUAUGUUCAGCAGCGGGACGAGUACCUGGAGUCUGUGUGUGAAAUGGCCAUCAGGAAAGUCUCCAUCAUCACCAUCUUUGGCUCUCUGACCAACUCCACCAUGAAAAUCGACCACUACCAGCUGGAACAUGACAAGCCUAUGAAGGGUCUUCGUCAGGAGGACCUGGUGAACCAGGAUCUGAUCACAGAGCUGAGGAAAGACUUUAGCAUGACACACGAUGACUUCUACAUGGUGCUCACCGACGCCGACAUGAGAGUCAAGCAAGCCUAUGAGGUCCCCAUCGCCAUGAAGGCUGUGUUCGACUACGUCGACACCUUCUCCUCCCGCAUCCGAGAGAUGGAGCAGCAGAAGAGAGACGGGGUUGUCUGCAAGAAAGAGGACAAGCCCAGGUCGUUGGAGAACUUCCUCUCCAGGUUCCGUUGGAGACGCCGCCUGUUCAUCAUCUCCGCCCCCAACGACGAGGAGUGGGCCUAUCAGCAGCAGCUCUACUCCCUGACCAGCCAGGCCUGCAACCUCGGUCUGAGGCACAUCGCCGUUCUGAAAUUGGUCGGCACGGAGCCGCCAGAUAUUGGCGGAGUCUUGGAACUCUAUCCUAUCAAUGGGAGUGCUACUGUGGAUCGCGAAGGGAUGUCAGCCGCCCUGGUGAAAGACAUGAGGAACUACUUCCAGAUCAGCCCAGAGUACUUCUCCAUGCUGCUGGUAGGGAAGGACGGCAACGUCAAGUCCUGGUACCCGUCGCCCAUGUACUCCAUGGCUAUCAUCUACGACCUGAUAGACUCUAUGCAGCUACGCAGACAGGAGAUGGCCAUCCAGCAGUCACUGGGCAUGCGCUGCCCUGAGGACGAGUAUGGUGGCUACGGCUACCAUCAGCACGGAUACGAACACGGUUACCAAGACAGAUAUCACCAGGGCUACGGUUACUAGCUCCUCCCUCUGUGGCCCUCUUCCUUUCACCCGUAACUUUUUUAAUCUUUCCUACCCACCCUCCACCAGGCAGUCGGCACAGAUGGAGUGAGGUCCUUGAAUGUUUUGUAGCACUUAGUGAAAGCCUCAAAACUGUUGCUUUCACCUAUCCAGAUCUUUGAUAUAUAAAUAGCAUAGUAUGCUGCGAGUAAUGGUAAUUUGCAAGGGGGCUUAGUCAAUAAAUGUGUAGAUGAGUGUGGAAGUUCAGAGAUCUGUAGUUUUUGUUUCAUGGAUUCAUCAUUUCUGACUUCAAACAAAGAGUGUUUUGCACGUUAUUAUAUCAUCUGUCUCCUUCACUUGCCUUCCAGGUCAAACUUUCAUAUUCAUUUUAUCAGCACAGACGUUUUAUUUUGUAGAUAACAGGCUAAAAUAAAACAUAUAUGUAUUUAUUGGACAUCUGUUGCAUUUGAGGUGCGGUUAUCGAUUAUUUUAUGAAAAGAAGCUGUCACGUUAUUUCUUUUUUUUGUAAAGUUUCAGUUGCUAUACAUUGUUCUUAUUUAUACUCUAUUGUGCUAUGUGACAAAAUAAACAUUUGUUUACUACCAGU